CAUUCAUUAUGGUCAUGCUCUUCUCUCUCAAAUAUUCUACGGUUUGUUCCCGCCUCAACCGCUCCCUCUUUCGUUUUCACUCUUUACCCACUCAUCCUUCUGCUGAGAACAGCACUUCUCCUCUUCAUUUCAACUCCUCUGUUCAUCAAUCUCUUCACUUUUCAUUAGAAAAAUGCGCCUCCAUGAGAGAACUCAAGGUUCUUCAUGCCCAAAUUAUCCUCCAAGGAUUGGUUUCUCAAAAUAUCACCCUUGGAAAAUUGAUCUCUUUUUGCUCUGUUUCUCAAGCUGGGGAUCUUCAAUAUGCCCAGCUUGUUUUUGAUCACCUUCUCCAACCCAAUAAGUUUAUGUUCAAUUGCUUGAUAAGGGGUUACUCCACUUCUCCACAUCCAAUCAAUGCUAUUCUUCUCUACAUUAAAAUGAUGCGAUCUGGGUUUUUACCCAAUCGAUUUACUCUCCCUUUUGUACUCAAGGCUUGUGCUUCUCAGCUUGCGUAUUGGGAAGCUUUUGUUGUCCAUUGCCAUGCUAUUCGAUUGGGGAUGUUGUCUCAUGUGUAUGUACAUAAUGCUCUGAUUAAUGCUUAUGCUGUUUUUGGUUUUGUUCAAUGUGCAUACCAAGUGUUUGAUGAAAUGUCUAAUAGAACUCUGGUGUCUUGGAAUUCGAUGAUUGGUGGGUACUUUAGGAAUGGGCUUUGUAAGGAAGCGUUUUUGUUGUUUCGAGAGAUGAGAGAGUCGGGAUUUCAGCCGGAUCAGUUCACAUUGGUUCAUCUACUUUCCAUGUGUUCAAAAAGUUGUAGAUUAGACAUAGGUAAAUGUGUGCAUCAUUAUGUAGAGAUUACUGGGAUUGAGGUUGAUCAAAUUUUAAGAAAUGCUCUGUUGGAUAUGUAUGCCAAAUCUGGGGAUUUGCUUUUCGCUCAGACAAUCUUCCAUAGAAUGAUUCACAAAACUGUUGUUUCUUUUACUUCCAUGAUUAGUGCAUAUUCAAACCAUGGACUUAUUCACCAUGCUCGUGAGAUAUUUGAUCAAAUUCCUGAGAAGAACGUGAUAUCUUGGAACUCAAUGAUGUCGUGUUAUGUCCAAGACGGCCAAUGCAAGGAAGCAUUGCUUCUUUUUCAACAAAUGUGUGAGACCACCACCAUUCCUGAUGAGACUACUCUAGUUAGUGUUCUUUCAGCCUGCAGUCAAAUUGGUGAUUUAGCCAUGGGAGAAAAAACACAUUGUUACAUAUGCAGACAUAAUAUCGUGAUUACUGUCACUCUCUUGAAUGCCCUUGUUGACAUGUAUGCGAAAUGUGGUGCCCUUGAAACCGCCUUGGAUUUCUUCUUUGAGUUUAAAGAUAAGAAUUUAGUUUCCUGGAAUGUCGUUAUCCAGGCUCUUGCUUUACAUGGCCAUGGAUUGGAUGCACUGAAACUAUUCAAUAUGAUGCAUACAACAGGAAUUUGGCCCGACAAAUUCACAUUCAUGGGACUGCUAUCUGCUUGUAACCAUAGUGGACUUGUCAACAUGGGACAAUAUUUAUUUGAGAGAAUGAGUUCGAUUUACGGUAUUUUACCUGAAAUUGAGCAUUUUGCAUGCAUGGUGGAUUUGCUAGGAAGAGGAGGGAUGUUGCAGGAAGCAAUAAAACUCAUUGGAGGAAUGCCAAUGAAGCCUGAUGUCGUCAUGUGGGGCGCUUUGCUUGGUGCUUGUAGGACUUAUGGAGAUGUAGACAUUGCGAAUAUAAUCUUGAAACAGAUACUAGAGUUGGAGACAGAUAGUUCCGGGCUCUAUGUUCUUCUAUCGAACAUAUAUUUUGAAGCAAUGAGAUGGAAGGAAGCAAAAAAUGUAAGAAAGCUGAUGAGUGGCCAUGGGAUCAUCAAGUGUAAAGCUGUUAGCUUCGUUGAGAUUGAUGAGUGUAUUAUAGAGUUCAUGGUUGAUGACAAGAGACAUGAAACAAACGGAGGCUAACGUUACCAAUAUCUCUAGAUGUUUUAUUAUAUAUGCUCAUUGUAUAUGAAGAGGGGAGAAGUCCAACAGUUCACCUUGCAUUCUUGCCAUAUCUGUCGGGUCUUCUGAGCUCAAUUAUGCUCCAUCCAAGCCGAGAUCGACUAAGUUAAAACCAAGAGAAGUCCAAGUAGAUGGGCACUGCAACGUCGAAGGAAGGAACCACUCGCUAGCACGAAGUUCUAGCUAGUGUGGCACGAGCCUUGUGGCAUUUGAAUAACCUAUAGUUUCGACUUUGGACAUAGCAAUUUUGUUCAUCCAAGAAAGUAGCAGUUUGAAGCUUUCUUGAUGGGAGGAAAAGAGGGCAUUUCAAACUAUGGUAUUUGUGAGUAAACUUGAAGCCAUUCGUGGACUUUAGCAACUUUAGAAAAAAAUACAGCGAAAGGAAAUGGAAGUUAUGCAAAUUUCAAUUGGGUAAUGCGAGAGUAGUUGCUUAUUUGACAAUUUAAUUCCUAAAUUUUAGCUAUAUAAUAAUUUAAUCACUAAACUACUAACUUUGUAGAACAAUUUAGGUGUGUAAUUUUAUAGAGUAACCAUUUAUUUCUUGUA